AUGGGUGGCACAGCUCCAUGGGGCCGAGUGGUUCUAUGUGGGCGUGUCGCGGCGGAUGAGGCAGGGAACGAAGUGGUGAAUGCGGGCGACUGUUUGUAUGCGCCGCAUAUUUUGCGGUCCGUGUGUCAUGUCCGGACACGUGCCGUGGUGUCCUCAUGCACAUCUGAUCAUGCGGUCAUCCUUUCGGUGCAUGGCGAUGCAUACUUGUAUGGACGAAACGCAGAGGCGCAAUGCGGUGUGCCAGUGACGUCUACAAGUGAUGCGGCGUCCUUAUGGCUCUAUGACGCUAGGCGCUUGGACAAAGAGCAUGACUUUGUGCCGCCGAUAGCGCCAGGCGUGUCGAUCCAUACAGGCGCAACAGGCGCGAUGCAUACGCUUCUAGUCACAACGCAGGGCGAGCUGUAUGCAGCAGGGAGCAACGAGUUUGGGCAGUGUGGACUCGGUACCCUAGCGACGUGCGUCCCGUUCCAACUUGUUCCGAUGACGGAGCGUGUGGUGGAUGUGGCAUGUGGACGUGCAGCAAGUGUGGUAGUGACCGAGUCCGGAGCCGUCUAUACCAUGGGCUCAAGUGAGGAUGGCAUGCUUGGCACAUGUGCCGCCUCGUGGCAUCAUACAGGACCUAGUGACGUCACGUACGAUCUUGCUCGACAUCCCGUGCGGAUUCCGAACUUGGGCGGCAUUGUGCGUGUAACAUGCGGCGAGCGGCAUGUAGCUGCGCUUGAUCGCGACGGGUAUAUGUAUGUAUGGGGCCAUGCGAGCCUGGCGCGCCUAGGAUGCGGCACGCAAAUUGAUCAGCCAUUCCCUGUGCGCAUUCCGCAGUUUGUGCGGAAGAACAAACAAGAUCGGAUCCGGGAUGUCGUCGCAGGAACUACGUGCACCAUGUGCGUGGACAACCAAGAGCGAUUAUGGAUAGCAGGCACAUGGCGCCUAAAAGACGAUGGCGGACCGGAUCAAUCGUUCCUCAUCUACAAACCGCUCGCUGAGCUGGCCGACUAUGACGUGCACGAGAUGGCGGCAGGCGCAGACACGAUGCAAUGUCUUGUGAAACCGACGGAUGAGCAUGGGAAUACACACAUGCAAGCGUGGGGCUGGGGAGAAGGGGCAUGGCAUGCUGAACUGGGCAGCAGCGGGGGGACCACAGCGCCUGUGCCUACGAUGCUACACAUACUGGAGCCGCUGAAGGUGGUGGCUGUGGCUAGUGGUCGGCACACAUCCUAUUGGCUUGUCCAGCCUGACUCUGUGUAUGCAGAGCUGCCUCGAUACCCGGCGACGAUCGAGUCAUCGAGCGUGUGUAUGGUGUGUCGUCGCAGUGGCGAUGACGACGAUGCGACGCUGCUUGAAUGUGAUCGUUGCGAGAAUCCAUACCAUCUGUCGUGUUUGACGCCACCGUUAGCAGCUGUGCCGGAAGGUGAAUGGCUGUGCGUAGAGUGCAGAAAAGACAGUGGACAUAACGACGACGGGAACGACCAUGAGGGUGCCAAUCAUCCAAUCAUGGACCAGCAACACGAACGAUGA